UCCUCAACAACCCGUUCAACAGGUGUCUCAGUGUGGUCCGAGGCGUCACUACCAACAGGAUGCGAGUGAAGACACUCGGAGGAUGCUAUCUCUAGUAUAGUAUACAGACAUUUGAAAUGUUUGUAAAACUCCAAAUGGAAUGGAAAUGCUGCAGCAUUGAAUAAAACCAGUAUGAAAGCUGUGGUGACAGGAGGUGGUGGCUACUUUGGAUACAAGCUGGGAUGUGCUCUUGCCAGCAAAGGAGCUUCUGUUGUUCUCUAUGACAUGAACGAGCCUAUUUGGGAAAUUCCCAGUGGAGUGGCGUGUAUCCAGGCAGACCUCAGGAAUUACUGUGCCAUACUUGGAGCCUGUGAACAGGCUGACGUUGUGUUUCAUGUAGCUUCAUAUGGAAUGUCAGGAAAAGAGCAAUGGCAGAAAGAACAGAUUGAAAGCAUAAACAUCAAUGGAACAAGAUACAUCAUUGAUGCUUGCAAAGAGCACAACAUCUCUCGGCUGAUCUACACCAGUACAGUGAAUGUGGUGUUUGGAGGGCUUCCCAUUGAAGAUGGGGAUGAGGAAUCUGUGCCAUAUUUUCCACUUGACAAGCACGUUGAUCAUUAUUCCAGAACCAAAUCCAUUGCAGAACAAAUGGUACUGGCAGCUAACGGGACUCCACUAGCAGGAGGUGGAAUACUCCAUACGUGUGUUAUUCGCCCCCCAGGAAUCUAUGGACCAGAAGAGCAAAGACACUUGCCAAGGCUGGCAAAGCUAAUUCAGAGAGGGCUACUUAGCUUCAAGUUUGGGGACCCUUCUGCUAAAGUGAACUGGGUGCAUGUAGAGAAUCUUGCCCAAGCUCACAUUCUAGCUGCUGAAGCUCUCACCCCCGAGAAGAACUACAUAGCUAGUGGCCAGGUGUAUUUCAUUAAUGAUGGCGAAAAAUACAACAUUUUUGAAUGGUUAACUCCACUUUUUGAAAGAUUAGGUCGCUGGAAGCCAUGGAUACGUAUUCCUACUUGCUUGGUUUAUGCAUCAGCCAUGGCAAUGGAAUACCUUUAUCUGACGCUGAAACCAAUUGUUGAACUGUCCCCAGUGCUGACCAGAAAUGAGGUACUGAAUAUUUCUGUGACUCACACAUUUAAAAUAGACAAGGCACGGGCUCAACUGGGGUACAGGCCAAAGAAGUUUGUGUUUGCUGAUUCCGUGGACCACUACAUUAAAACCACACCAAGAGGCCGGAACCAUCACAUCCUCCUCAAAGUUUUGAUUCUUUUCAUUGUUAUUUUCGGUUUUAUCUGUCUUUCUGUGGGAUGUUAUGGCCUUUCCCUUUUGCGUUCUUUUAGAGAAAGGCGACACUGACUUGCCUAAGCUGGACAUGCUCAGUCACAGCAUUACCACCCAGAUCAUUCCAAUCUCCACUAUAGUCACUGGCCCCAGUGCAAUAAACAGGCAGCUAUUUUUAAAUUUGCAGACAGAAUCGUAACAUAUCACUAGCUGCACCUGAGAAAUUAAAAUACAGUCAACUAUUAUGGCCAAAUCACCCAAACAGACCAGAGUCAGGAUUGUUGCCUCUAUUUCACAUCAAAAAAACAACCUUCUGAAUUGAUUGCUGAAGUGAAUGAGAACCUGCAGAAAGAACAAGAGCUACAGCCAGCUGAAACAAAAAGACUGACCACAGCUUCUGCCAUGACUCACUACCACUACCUUGGGGAACAGAGGAACCAAGGAAAGGACAGCCAGAACAGGCUUCUGUGAAUAACACACACCAGCUGUAGAGAGACUUCUUGCUGUGCGAAUUGGUGAAUUAGCUGUUUCAGGGCAUCUGAGGGAAAAUAAAAGUGUACUUCAAACUUU